AUGACCGAAUCAGGGAAGAUCACCAUCUCCAUCGACCGCGGUGGCACUUUCACCGACGUUCACGCCAUUGUGCCUGGUCGGUCAGAUAUCAUUCUCAAGCUCCUUUCAGUAGAUCCCUCACAUUAUCAAGAUGCACCCACCGAGGGUAUUCGCCAGAUUCUGGAGCUCGCAACAGGCGAGUCACAUCCCCGCGGCCAACCCUUGAAGCUCGACCGCAUUGGCUGCCUACGAAUGGGCACGACUGUCGCUACAAAUGCAUUGCUUGAGCGCAAGGGUGCUCGAUCAGUAUUAUUCACAACCAAGGGAUUCCGAGAUCUACUCAAGAUUGGCGACCAGUCCCGUCCAGCUAUCUUUGACUUGUCCAUGGCUCGACCCGGAGUGCUGCCCGAAGGUGUUGUCGAAGUCAAUGAGCGAGUGGUUCCAUGUCAUCCGUCUGCCGACGAGAACUGCUUCUCUGGCGCUCGGAUUGUGGAAGGAAUUACAGGUGAGAAGUUCCGGGUUGUGCAAGAAUUGGAUCUGGCGCAGGUGCGCAUAGAGCUCCAGCGUCUCAAGGAGCAAGGGUAUCAGUCUCUCUCAGUCGCCCUGGUACAUUCAUUCGCCUAUCCAGACCAUGAAAAUCAAAUUGGCGAGAUUGCAGAGUCAAUGGGAUUCUCAGUUACCCUAUCUUCCAAGCUGCAGCCCAUGAUCAAGCUCGUGCCUCGUGGAAUGUCUGCUGCCGCCGAUGCUUACCUUACGCCUGUGAUCAAGACUUAUAUCGACUCCAUCUCAGCCAGCUUCGAAGGUGGCCUAGAGAGCCAACAAGCAUGCCGAUUCGAAUUCAUGCAGUCCGAUGGUGGACUGGUUGAUUUCCGCAAAUUCAGUGGUCUGAAGGCCAUCCUAUCAGGACCCGCUGCUGGGGUGGUUGGUUUUGCAGCAACCAGCUGGGACCCUGUCGAGAAGAUUCCCGUCAUUGGAUUCGAUAUGGGUGGGACAUCCACCGAUGUCUCUCGAUUUGAUGGGCACUUGGAACACGUCUUUGGAUCUAAGGUUGCGGGUGUUCUGAUCCAAUCUCCUCAGCUUGAUAUCAACACAGUCGCUGCUGGCGGUGGCUCUAUUCUCACAUGGCGCAACGGUCUAUUCUACGUUGGCCCCGAGUCUGCAAGUGCCCACCCAGGCCCAGCGUGCUACCGAAAGGGAGGACCCCUGACUGUGACGGACGCCAACCUGUUCCUGGGCCGACUGCUGCCCGAGUACUUCCCACACAUCUUUGGUCCCAACGAGGACCAGCCACUUGAUACAGAGAUUACGGCGCAAAAGUUCCACGACUUGACACAGGAGAUCAAUGUUGAGCGUCGGCAUCACUUCCAGCCAGAGUAUACUCCCGAGGAAGUUGCUUUGGGAUUCUUGAAGGUUGCCGACGAGUCGAUGGCUCGACCAAUUCGUAAUCUCACUGAGGCACGAGGCUUCGAGACUGCGUCUCACCAUCUGGCCUGCUUUGGAGGUGCCGGUGGCCAGCAUGCCUGCUCUGUGGCUGUCUCUUUGGGUAUCUCGCGCAUUAUCAUUCACAAAUAUUCAUCAGUCUUGUCCGCAUACGGACUAGCACUGGCAGAAGUUGUCAAAGAGUCACAGGAGCCAGUAUCUUCAGAUUACCUGUCUUCUCAUUCAAGCCUGCUUCAACGAUUUGAUGGUAUGGCCGCCGCUGCAACGACAGAGAUGCAAGGACAGGGGUUCCCAUCGAGUCAGGUGCGACACGAACAGUACAUCAACAUGCGCUACGAAGGAUCAGACACAAGUCUUAUGAUCCUGCGUCCAGAAGGAUCCUCGGAUUUCCUGGCUGAGUUUCGUGAGCGCCACCGUCGCGAAUUCAAUUUCAACUCCGAGCGAGCUGUGCUGGUGGAUGACAUUCGCGUGCGCACGAUUGCCUCUUCCAAGGUUCGCACCGAGCACAGUCCUCUUUUGCAGCUGAAGGAUGCCAACCUCCACGAUGUCACGACCAAGCCUGCGAACACCACGUCCGCUUACUUUGACGGAUAUCCCACACGCAUUGACACUCCUGUGUAUCUGCUCGAUAAAUUGGACAAGUAUAGCCGCAUCUUCGGUCCUGCCGUUAUUAUUGAUCAGACACAGACGAUUGUUGUGGCUCCCAACUCUGUCGCAAACCUGCUGGAAACAUGCAUUGUCAUUGACAUCCUGAAGGAGAACCAUACGGUCUCAGCUCUGGAAACCCAGACAACUUCUGAGAUCGAUCCGAUCCGUCUCAGUAUUUUCGGGCACAGGUUCAUGUCUAUCGCCGAGCAGAUGGGACGAACUCUCCAGAAGACUUCCGUGUCUACGAACAUAAAGGAGCGAUUGGACUUCUCUUGCGCCCUGUUUUCUCCCGAUGGAGGGCUUGUUGCGAAUGCCCCCCAUGUUCCCGUCCACUUGGGAUCGAUGCAGUUUGCCGUGCGCUACCAACAUCAAAAGUGGCUCGGUAACUUGAAGGAUGGCGAUGUCCUUGUGGCCAACCACCCUAGCUGCGGUGGCACCCAUCUGCCCGAUAUCACGGUCAUUACUCCUGUCUUUGAUAGGCCCGGUGGUACCGAGAUCAUGUUCUACGUCGCAUCGCGCGGUCAUCACGCUGAUAUCGGAGGCAUCUUGCCUGGUUCCAUGCCCCCCAAGUCGACUGAGCUCUGGCAAGAGGGCGCUGCCAUUGAAGGCGACAAAAUCGUCAGCGAUGGAGUUCUCGAUGAAGCCCGUUUAAUCGAGUUGCUGGUUACCAAGCCGUCUCAGUACCCCGGCUGUUCAGGUGCACGCUGCAUCAGUGAUAAUCUGUCCGAUCUCAAGGCUCAGAUCGCUGCCAACACUCGUGGUAUCAGUCUCAUCCAGACUCUCUUCAACGAGUAUGGUGUCGAGACCGUGCAAAAAUACAUGUACGCCAUCCAAGCUACUGCCGAGACUGCCGUGCGAAAUCUUCUUAAGGGACUGCACCAGAAGCUCGGUGGCCAGCCUCUGGAGGCGGUUGAUUACAUGGAUGAUGGGACACCUAUCCGUCUCAAGGUCACCAUUGAUGGAUCCAAUGGAUCGGCCAUCUUCGACUUUGACGGCACCGGCCCAGAAGUGUACGGUAGUUGGAACGCACCUAUUGCCAUCACCCAUUCAGCCAUUAUCUAUUGUCUGCGCUGCAUGAUUAACGCCGAUGUCCCUCUGAACCAAGGCUGCCUAGCCCCAAUUGACAUCCGCGUUCCCUCACCCAGCAUCCUGUCCCCAACCAAGACAGCUGCAGUCGUGGGAGGUAACGUGGUCACUUCCCAGCGCAUCACCGACGUCGUCCUCAAAGCUUUCCGUGCCUGCGCCGCGUCUCAAGGUUGCUGCAACAACCUAACCUUCGGCACAAACCCCAAGCUCAACCCCGAGACUGGGGAGGUCAUCACGCCUGGAUUCGGAUACUACGAGACAAUCGCAGGUGGCAGUGGUGCUGGCCCUACUUGGAAGGGCGAAUCCGGUGUGCAGGUUCACAUGACCAAUACUCGCAUUACGGAUCCGGAGAUUUUGGAGAAACGUUAUCCGACUCUGCUUCGCCAAUUCACACUGCGCGAUGGCUCGGGUGGUCGUGGCAAGAACCCCGGUGGAGAGGGUGUGGUUCGUGACAUUGAGUUCCUCGCUCCGAUGCAGUGCUCUAUCUUGUCCGAGCGUCGUGUGCAUCGUCCAUAUGGACUGGAGGGUGGUGAAGAUGCACAGCCGGGUCUGAACCAGUGGAUUACGAAGGACGUUGAGACUGGCGAGGAGCGACACAUCAAUAUCGGGGGCAAGAAUACUGUUUCUGUGAAGACGCAUGACCGAGUGGUUAUUAUGACUGCUGGUGGUGGUGGAUGGGGUGCAGAGGAGGUGGUCGCUUGA